UUCUUUGGCUACUUUUUCUGCACCUUGAAAUGCACACAGGACACACCUGGGUGGGCAGUAACUUCCUCAUGACAGGACCAAAGGCCUAUCUGACCUAUGCAAAAAGCGUGCAGGUGGGCACCCAGAGCGGCAUCGAGGAAUGUAAACACCAGUUUGCUUUGGACAGGUGGAACUGUCCUGACAGCGCAACCCAACCCAAAGGACUCAAAAGAGCCACCAGAGAAACCUCUUUCGUCCAUGCCAUCAGUGCUGCUGGGGUCAUGUUCACUCUGACCAGGAACUGCAGUUUGGGAGACCUGGAAAACUGUGGCUGUGAUGUUUCCAACAAUGGGAAAAUUGGAGGCCGCGGCUGGUUAUGGGGGGGCUGCAGCGACAACCUGGAUUUUGGGGAAAGGAUUUCCAAACAGUAUGUGGACGCGCAGGAGACGGGACAGGACUCAAGAGCUGCUGUUAAUCUGCACAACAACGAUGCAGGACGCCUAGCAGUGAAGGCCACAGUGAAACGCAUCUGCAGGUGCCACGGCAUGUCCGAGAGCUGCAGCCUGCAGACGUGCUGGACGCAGCUGUCUGAUUUUAGAGAGGUCGGUAAUUACUUAAAGAUCAAAUACAAUCAGGCUCAGAAGCUGGACAUCGACAAGAAGCGCGUGAGGGCCGGAAACAGCGCGGACAGCCGCGGCGCCAUCCUGGACGCGUUUGGAAACGUAGCCCAGACGGAGCUCAUCUACCUGGAGGACUCGCCCGAUUACUGCAGGAGGAACGCCAGCUUAGGGCUCCAGGGCACCGAGGGCAGGGAGUGUCUGCAACCAGGAGCGGGGCUGAGCCAGUGGGAGCGCAGGAGCUGCCGCAGGCUGUGCCAUGAAUGCGGCCUGAGAGUGGAGGAAAUGCGCACCGAGGUGGUGAGCAGCUGCAACUGCAAGUUCCACUGGUGCUGCAGAGUCAACUGCGAGGACUGCUCCCAGGUUAUAGUCAAGCAUGUCUGUGCAAAGAAGGAAUCCGGGGAAGGCUUUGCUUCCAGGCGGAGACACCGUGGAUCCACAUGA